AUGACUUGCAAGCUUGACGGAUACGCGAUGAUGAUUGUCUCAAAAUAUUUUGAUGAUAUCCAAACGUACAUUAAUAUCACACAAGUGUGUAUUAAGUUUAAAGAUACUAUGGAAAAAUUCCAUUACAACCCAAUUCCACUCACAAAGAAGACACGAAAAUACUUUCCUAAUAUCGAGACAUUACUUCUCUAUUCUCCACUUGAUGAAACAUUUCAUGAGGAAACCUUUUUCAAAAGAAAGUAUGUGUUCUGUGUCGAUUGUGACUUUUAUCAGAAGAACCACAAUCAAAACACGGAGUUUAAGGAUGUGUGCUAUACUAAGCAAAAUAGAAUAAGUCGCCUGAGUUUUAAUGGAACAACACGAGUUGUGAAUUAUUGUUUCAGUGAUAUGGAUGAUGUGUCUGCAAUUGUUUUACCACCGACAGUGCAGUAUGUUGGUGCAAAUUGUUUUUGUCUUUGUACGCUUUCUCAAAUAACAAUACCCGACUCAGUCACCUUUAUUGGCUAUGGCUGUUUCUCGCAAUGCAGUCGUCUGUCAUCAAUUGUAAUACCUUCAAGAGUCUCUGAACUGAGUGGGUGCUUUAUAAGUUGUGAAUAUUUAACACAUGUCCAGCUUCCGAACAGUAUUACUAAGUUGGGUAAUUACUGUUUUUAUGGGUGUGGACGAUUAAUAAAUUUGGUGAUACCAAAAAGUGUUAUUGAGUAUGGUAUUAACUGUUUUAAGAAAUGUGGAUAUACCCCAAACUAA